CCCUCCCUCCCUCCGUAUCUAUCUAUCUAUCUAUCUAUCUAUCUAUCUAUCUAUCUAUCUAUCUAUCUAUCUAUCUAUCUAUCUAUCUACCUACCUACCUACCUACCUACCUACCUACCUACCUACCUACCUACCUACCUACCUACCUACCUAUGUCUAUAUCUAACUCUACCAAUUUCUCUCUAUCUCUAUUUCUCUACCUAUGUGUCCGUCCAUCCCUCUCUCCCUCUCUAACUCUGUUUACCAAUCUCUCUCUCUCUGUUUCUCUAUCUACUUGUCUUUCCAUCCAUCCAUAUUUUGGAUUGUUUUUGCAGGCUUUGCAGGCAUUGACACUUUUGUGUAUUGUGAGCGGGUAAGUUGUCCCGCAUCUCCGUUCCCACAUCCUGGUGGACUUGACAGCCUAGGUUAGGGUGGGACGGCUUCCCUCCAGAAGUUGUGGGCGCUCCAUCACUGGAGGCUUUUAAGAAGAGAUUGGACAACCAUUUGUCUGGAAUGAUAUUAUAGGGUCUCCUGCCCUGGGCAAAGGGCUGGACUAGAAGACCUCCAAGGUCCCAUCUAACUCUGUUAUGAUUCAAUGAUUGAAUGAUUCUGCAACCGCACCCUGGAAGCCCCACCUUGUUUGGAAUCCAGGUGAGUCCUGGCAGCUUUCCAGGAGGAAAGGCCUGGAUUGUUUAACCUCCCAGGUGCUCUUAGAGACACCAGAUCACUUCCAAGUACAAAAAAGAAAAAGGGAAAAAAUUGUCCACUUAACAUAUCCUGACAAUUGGCGCAAAUUCCUGAUAAAGAAGCUCUUAUUUUAUGGGGCAUUUUGUCUGCGAGAAGAUGAUAGAAGGGGGAGAAUGAUAGAGAGGGAAAAUGGUGCGCCUGCUUCUUGUGCAAAUGAAGCUUCACAUGCGUGUGAAUGCCUGCUACUCGUGCAAAUGGAGCUGUGUGUGCAAGUGCAUGCCCAGCUCGGUUCCAAACAGGCCACGGCCCAGGGAUUGGGGACUCCUGCUAUAAAUCAAGGUCUGAGUGCGAAUCACAGCCGGGCUCUGCCUUCCUGGACGGGGAGAGCGAAACCCUCCUGGGCUGCCCUUUAAGGAGGGGGAAGCAGAAGAGCUUGCCUCCCCCCCCUCCCCAAUCAUUCCUUUCGUCCGGCCGCCUGGCAGGGAGUUCUUCUCCGUUUGACCUUCUCCCUCCCUCUGUGGGGUCUGUGGUGGAGGGAAGCCUGACACCCCCCUAGCUGAAGAAGAAGAAGAAGAAGCCAAGGGGGGGGGACACACGACAGGUUGGCACUUUGGGGACCAUGAAGAAAUUUUUUGACUCUCGCCGGGAGCAGGGAGGAUCCGGAGCCGGUUCGGGCCCCCUUGGAGGCGGGAGUAGCAGCAGCAGCACCGGGCCUGGGAGUGGAUAUGUUGGCCGAGUCUUCAAUGUGGGGAGACAGCAGGUGACGGUGGAGGAGGUGGUGGCAGAAGGUGGCUUCGCUAUCGUAUUUCUGGUGAGGACCAGCAAUGGGGUGAAAUGUGCCCUCAAACGAAUGUACGUGAACAACGAAUACGAUUUACAAGUUUGCAAACGGGAAAUCCAGAUUAUGAGGGAUCUUGUGGGUCACAAGAACAUUGUCGGGUACAUUGAUUCCACAAUCAACUCGGUGAGCAGUGGAGACGUCUGGGAAGUCCUAAUCUUGAUGGAUUUUUGCCGAGGAGGCCAGGUGGUGAAUUUGAUGAACCAGCGCCUGCAGACGGGAUUCACGGAAAAUGAAGUCCUGCAGAUUUUUUGCGACACUUGCGAAGCGGUGGCCAGGCUGCACCAGUUCAAAUCCCCGAUCGUCCACAGGGAUCUGAAGGUGGAGAACGUCCUGUUACACGAUCGCGGCCAUUAUGUCCUCUGUGACUUUGGGAGCGCCACCAAUAAAUCCCAGAAUCCUCAGCUGGAAGGAGUGAAUGUAGUGGAGGAAGAAAUUAAGAAGUAUACCACCCUCUCGUACAGAGCUCCAGAGAUGGUCAACCUCUACAGUGGCAAACUGAUCACCACAAAAGCAGAUAUCUGGGCCUUGGGCUGUUUGCUCUACAAACUCUGCUAUUUUACUCUGCCCUUUGGGGAGAGCCAAGUGGCAAUUUGCGACGGCAACUUCACCAUUCCUGACAACUCACGCUACACCCAAGACAUGCACUGCCUAAUAAGGUACAUGCUGGAACCUGACCCUGACAAGAGGCCUGACAUUUACCAGGUCUCUUACUUUGCAUUCAAGCUGGCUAAGAGGGAAUGUCCUGUCCCCAAUGCGCAGAAUUCUCCAAUUCCUGCAAAACUUCCAGAGCCCGUGAAAGCUAGCGAAGCUGCUGCUAAGAAAACCCAGCCCAAAGCCAGGCUGAUGGAUCCUAUUCCUACCACAGAAACAUCCAUCACACCACGCCAGAGGCCCAAAGCUGGGCAAACGCAACCAAAUCCAGGAAUUCUGCCCAUUCAACCUGCCUUGACUCCCAGGAAGAGGCCUGCGGUCCAGGCCAGCGCCCAGCCGCAAGCUCCAGUUCCUCUGGCGGCCGGCCAGCCGCCUCUUCCUGCAGCGAUUCCUCAGCCAAACUCUCUGCCUCAAGCGACUCAGCCCAAGCCCGCUGGCGCUGCCCAGCCGGUGGCUGCCGUGGCCACUGCACAAGCCCAGCUCCCUUCAGCCCAGGCCACGCCGCAGCAUCAGCUCUUCCUCAAGCAGCCGCAGCCGCCGGCCACGGCGCUCUUUUAUCAGCAGCCCCCGCAGAUGCCUCCCCUGCAGGUUCAACAGGCCCACAAGAUGCCACAGGCUGCCCCGACGUCCGGGAAGCCUCAAUUCCCGGCGGUACAGCAGGGAGCAGUGGCCGCCACGCAGCAGCUUCAGCAGCCGCCACCACCACAGCUGUUGGCCCAGCAAGCCACCAUCCAAGCCAAGAUUGCUUCCGGGCAGCAGAAGCCCCCCGCACAGCUCCUGCAGCAACCGCAGGUACCGGCUUCAGUUGCAUCAGCGGCGCCCAACCAGGAACACCCGCAAGCACCUCCAAGACAACAAAAGAUGUCAACCACUCCUCCAUCAGCUAUCCAGGGACAGAAGGUGGGGUCUCUCACACCACCAUCGUCCCCCAAGACUCAGCGAGGUGGACACAGGAGGAUUCUAAGUGAUGUGACCCACAGCACCGUCUUCGGGGUCCCAGCCAGUAAAUCAACCCAGCUGCUACAGGCAGCAGCUGCGGAAGCCAGCCUCAAUAAGUCCAAGUCUGCCUCGACUACCCCUUCGGGCUCUCCGAGGACCUCUCAGCAAAACGUCUACAACCCACCAGACGUCUCCACUUGGAACCCUUUUGAUGAUGACAACUUUUCCAAGCUGACCGCAGAGGAGCUGCUGAAUAAGGACUUUGCAAAACUAAGCGAUGGUAAACCUCCUGAGAAACCUGAUAGUUCAACAGAGAACCUGAUCCCAGGUUUUCAUCCCGCACCUUCUGCAGCGCAGUCUGAUGCAUUCGGCUCUUCUCCUCUUGCACCCAUAUCAGUUGAAAAAACAAAAGAUAUUCUGGAUACCAGCCCUCCACUUCUGGCUGUUCCUGACCCUUUCAUUCCUCUUCCACUGUCAGAUACACCAGAAAAACUGAUUGAGGGCCUCAAAUCUCCUGAGCCUGCGCUCCUGCUCCCCGAUCUCCUGCCUCUGGCCGAUCCCUUCGAUAGCACCUCCGAUGCUAUGAAUGGAAAAGAUGACUUCACUGCUGAGAGUCUCAUUCCAGGCCUCGAGGCUCCUGUGCCCCAGCUCCCGUCCUCCCAGGCAGAUUCGGUGGCUUCGAGCAGAGCAGAUUCAGUCACUGUGGAGGACUCCUUGCUUGAUUGCUCUCUGCUUUCUAACCCUGGCACUGAUCUCCUGGAUGAGUUCGCUCCUUUAGCUGUUUCAUCCCAAACUCACAAAGAAGAUACUAACCUGAUAUCAGGCUUUGAUGUCCCUGGGGGCUCUGAAAAAGUGACAGAAGAUGAGUUUGACCCCAUCCCUGUGUUAAUAUCCAAAAAUUCACAAGGGCUGCAGGGGAACCCGGCUGCAUAUUUCAUGGUCAGCGCUGAGCCAGAGCGAAGGCCGGGGGCCACCGGUUCCUUGCCGUUGGAUAAGCCGCAGCCGAGCCAACUCGGAGGGGAAGCCGACUUCUUUGUGAGGGAUGGUCUCUCAAGCAACAGCUCCUUCCACAGCAGUGAAGGGGAAGGGAGCGACCAUGAGGGAGACAUCCUGGACUGCAGUGGAUCCAGACCUCUGCUGAUGGACUCGGAAGAGGAAGAGGAGGCUUGUAAAGUGAACCCCCCUCUUCAGGAAAGGGGAGGAGAUUCCCCAAAGGAUUUGAACCUCCAACCGGCCCAGAAGGUGCCAGGGCCGGUUCUGUUCAAUGUUUUUCCACAACGAGCUGCAGAAAGGUCUGGAGGAGAGGCCGAUGUGUUUGCCACGGCUCCUUUCCGAGCCUCUAAAAGCUACUGUGACGACUUGGACAUUUUCACGAAGGCACCGUUUCUCUCCAAAAGCCAAGUGUUUCCCAAGCAGCUGGACGAAGGCGACGUGUUCCUCAAAGCUCCGUUCACAAAGAAGAAAAGCCAGGAGGAGGUGACAUCUCACCAUGGGGUUAAGGAAUCUCCUGCCCCUGGGCCAUUCCUAGGCUCAGCUGGGGCUGCUCCCUACCCACGUGCCCCUACAUUCCAGAACCUGGAGGUGGGAACCCACGGCUCCUUCCUUCCCCAAGGUCAGUAUUUGGGAGCCUCAUCAGUUCAGCCCUCAAGUGAUGGCCCAGAGGCCCACCCUCCCAAAGGUGCCCCUGGAGAACUUGGCCCCGUUGCCAAUGACACACUCCAAAGACACGUGGGCCUCCAGGAAGGCUCCUUGGGAUCAAAGACCAGCCCGCCUUUCCACCCACAGUCCUUAGCGAAAUACUCCCGACACUACAGUCCAGAAGGCAGGCAAGGGGCCAGUGCCCAACCCAUAGCCGCUUACAAAAUUGUAUCCCAGACCAACAAGCAGGUGAUAGCUGGGUCGGUUUCUAUCGCCUCUGUUUCUUCCAGGACUAAAGAACUGCCGUCUACUGACCCAUUUGCAUCUGCCCCCUUUCCUUCCAAACUGGGGAAGCAGAAGCCCUAAAUGGUUUCUGCGGUGGCUUCCUUCCAGUAUGUGGCUUCUGAGGGACCUUCUUUUCAAGAACUUGCAAAUGGACUUCAUGACACGGAACACUUCAACCGUCGUGCUCAAUACCCUAGCUGUGGUGGGACCUUCCUGACCCCUAGAAAGCCGCCUCCUCAGAGCACCAAUAGCCAAGGACGGGAGGCUUUGGGUUUCUUCUGCAGCCACCAUCCGUUGACCAACGCAUUUUUCCAGUCUAAAACUGUUUGGGUAAAUGUUUAUCCUUAAGCCAGUAAUCCCACAGGAGAUCUUGUCGGUAGGACCCUGUUUUGCCUUGAUGGAAGGUUAAUGGAGCAUCUCAACGUCGUGUCAAAUGUGUACAUACCAGGAAAAGAAAUGAUAACCAAAUGGAAGAUUAUUUAUUUUGUUCUCUUUGUCCUGCAAAGGAGCUGAGCGGACUCUACUUGAUGCUACUGUUUCUGGAGUGAUUCUCCAUUUGAAACCGGAGUCGUCUUCUACAAUGUGCAUUUUCCGUUCUCUUUGUCUGAAUUGAAUUCCUAUCCUAAGCCGUGUUCAAUCUAGGCAAACGUUGGCUAGGAUUUAGGCUAUAGUCUUACCUGGCAGCAUAACAGACAAUGGAGUAGACUACAGACCGUUUCUGUUCUUUUCUGUUCUUUGUAUAAACCUGGGAAGCCGCCUGGUAGUUCAAAAGAGUUGUUGCUGGCUUUUCAAAGGGGAGUUUUUGUAACUUUUGUAAAGCUUUCCAUCAUUUGCUCUCCCAUUUUUUGCAAAAUCAGUUUCCGCUCCCCCCUUAUGAGAGAUCAUUCAAAAAUUCCCAUUCCCUUGCCUUUGAACUCCACUUUCUCCAGGGCUGAAUUUUCUAGUUUUCUGCUUUCAGAGCCAUGUGUUUUUUCCCCCUCCUUUUGCCACUGAAUUUGCAGCCCCCUGGAUCUGAAAAAGCUCUUUGGCUACACCCAGCAGUCAUGGCUUCCAACUCUGCGGAAUGAAGGCAAGCUGCCUUUCCUUUGUUGAACCCUUGAGGAACGGUGCACUUUCCCCCGAGUCUUUGUAAACCAUGAGAUAAGCUUUGUCCCACUUUCUCCACCUCCUCCUCUCCUCUGCCCCCCAACCCUCUGUUCACUCGCGUGGAGGUCUGACCCCAAAAUUGGUGCACUUGGUUUGCGUGUGCCCUUUCCACCACUGAACGUGGUAAUUCAGACCUUUCUACCUUUCCCUGAGUGUGUUCUGUCCUUUGGAAAGGCAGGGGAGAUGCGAGCAAGAGGGCACUUAGGGGUCCCCUUUUUUACUAGCUUCUCUCAAAUAUAUUCCCUCUGCUCGUGCUAGAUUUCAAAAUUCGUAAUCUCCAGCCCACCUGGCUCACCCCACCUAGGGUGCACCUGUUCGAAAUGCUAAUUUGCAACUUUGGGUGCAGUUCAGAGUCGACCCUUGUUUUCAUUUUGCACUGCACGGGUGACCAAGGAAAUGCUUCACCCUGAGUAAUUUUUUUUUAAGGCGUUCAAUCAGCUGCCAUUCUAACUACAGUCGUGGGACUCCACUACAGUCAACGCAUCUUCCUUCUGCAAACGUCUCUUCCCUGACAGCGUUUAAAAGUGGAAAUCUGGUUCUCUUAAAAAGACUCGAUCGACUGUUUAAAUCCUUGCUAGGACAAUCUCCCUGUCCAGCCAGAAGAACCGAGAACGGGAUCCAAUCUCGAACUGACUCCUGCUGGGGAAAUUCAGCUGCUGGCCACAGGUUGACUUUCAGCUGUGAAGACUGCUGCCAUGUGCCUUUUUUUUGGAGAAAGAAAAACACACGUCGUUGCGUAUAUUUGCUGAGCUGGCGAGGCGAGAAACUCACUUUUUUACCUCUUGAAAACAUAUCAAAGAUCCCGUUCAUAUUUUUCUUGAGAUUUGAACCUGUUCGCAGUGGGGAGUCUAUUCACUUGAUGUCUCCCUUUUUGAAGGCGAGGAACGCACUUUCUACCCCUCUCCCUUGCUGGGUUGCUGCAUUUAUUGGGUAGGGAAGCGGCAUGACCCGAAUUGUGGCAAAUAACACCCUCCCAUGUUGUUGAGACUCUUUAUAAAAGACUGUAAGCCGCAUGCCCAGCUCUCAACAUUUUGGACAAGCGUUGUUGAGGUCUGGAUUCCUUACCUUCCUUCUCUGGCCUGCCGGGAGAACUUGCACUUUUGAAAACGAUCAGAUUUCAUAGGAGAAUAAAAUGCCUCUUUCCAUCACGAGUGUUAAAAGAAUGAGAGCAGAAACUGGUGGAAGGGGUAGAAGGUAAUUGAGAUGCUAAAACAGAAGGUCUCCUAAUGCAGGGGGCUCCAACCUUGGCAACUUUAAGACUUGCGGACUUCAACUCCCAGAGUUGAGGUCCACAAGUCUUAAAGUUGCCAAGGUUGGAGACAGCUGUCCUAAAGCAAUGGCCCCCCAACCUUUCUGGCUUUGUGGACCGUUGGGGGGGGGCACGGGAAAGAGAGGAAACGGUUCUGUGCCAGCAAGAGACGCGCACACCCGCAGCUCCAUUUUUGUGUUUUGUGCCUGCUGCUCACACAAAUGGAGCUUCACACGUGCGUGUGAGUGCCCACCAACGGCACAAAUGGAGCUGCGUGUGUGAAUUGCGUGCCUGCUGCUUGCCCAGCUCGGUUCCGAAGGGGCUGCAGCCCCCGGGGGUUAUUCUAAAGGUGACAAUUUUUAAUCUAGUCUUCCCAGGACCCUCAUUUUGACUGCUGGGCUCUGCGUCUUUUCAUGCAUUCUGUUUAAAGAGACCCACCUGAGGUUGUACAGAAGCCUUUUCCCACAAGAUGUGAUGGUUCAUCCUUCUAGGAAACGGAUGCUGGAUAUGAUUUUGGGAUGAAUUAAAGCAUCUCAUCGGGCAUUGCCUGCUGACACAUUCCUGGACUGUAAAAACAGGAGGUUGGCUGUAGGUUGGGCCAACUCCCCAGUGGGGAGCACAACACCUCUUGGCCAGGACUUCCCUCCUUGUGCACCUACCUCAUCUCUUAAGCAGGUGCUGGAGUGUUGUUGUUGUUCUUUUUUUUCUGGUUGUAGUUUGCUUUAUUUUUAAAUGCAGUUUUUUUUCUUUUCUGCAGAACGUAUCAGCUAGCACUUGCAGAAAGAAAUUUGAUGGUUCAAAAAUUUGGAUAUCUUUUGGAAGAGGGAGAGGAAAUUCUCAAAAACCUGGGUGUAGACUUUUGCACCCCUGCUUCUGAAGACUGAAUGAGCGCUGCGGUGCUUUUUUGUCGUCUUCAAUUCAGUUAAAUAUUGUCUGUUGGGGUUUGAGAGGGCUCCUUAACCCGUUGGGAAGGCCCACUCUUAAGAAACCACAUAGCUCUGAGGAACGUUCCCCAGGCCAUCUAUUGAAACGUAUCAUUUUAGGCCAGAAUAACCAUUGUGAAAAAAUUAGGAAAUGCAAAGAGGUCAUCUAUGUAAGAUGACAAUAUGUGAUGAGUCAGAACAUCACAACUUUUCGAACCUGGUGCCUUGGUCUUUUGGCCAGGCUACGAGAUUGGGAGCGUGAAUAUGCAAUGCAUCUGGAAGGGAUUUAUUUGAGGAAGUCACCUGCGAUCUGUGUUCAAUUAUGGACAAAUGUCCAGUUCUGAAUUUUCCGUUCUCCCUGUUUCAUCGGGGAUCUAUAGAAAUUUUGCCGCCUCAUGUGGCUCUUGAAGACAAUGGGAAUGUUAUUUUAUUUUUACAUUGGAGACAAAUAGAACCUCCAGAUCUAAUUCUGGUGUUUACACAUCACUGUUACAAUUAGUUAACUCAAUUGCUACUAGUUUUAGUUGGGUGCUUUGAAAAUCAUUGCAGAAGUCACUCCCUGAAGAAAAUACUUUUCAGUGGGCUAGUAUUAUUAAUAUUAUUAUUGUAGUAGUAGUAGUAGUAAUAAUAGUUUAAAAGUUCUACAAAAAUUCACGUGGGACAGAUGGUACUUGAAUAGCAGUUCAGUGUUCUCGCCGACGGUGACUUUAAUUCAGGGGUCUCCAACCUUGGCAACUUUAAGACUUGUGGACUUCAGCUCUCAGAAUUCUGGGAGUUGAAGUCCACAAGUCUUAAAGUUGCCAAGGUUGGAGACCCCUGCUUUAAUUGGCUUAACACAUUUUAAAGCUGCCAAGGUUGAGAAACACUGCUGUAGAAUACAGAAUCCAAAACUCUGCAAUUUUCCAGCUUAUCUAAUUAGUCCUUUGGGUGCAGGUAUUUCUCUGUUCAUAUCAGUGUGUGAAAACAUAACACAUGUAGACCUUAACAGAAUUCUUGUAUUUAUUUGGCAUUUUUAAGCAUUCCUUUCAUAUCUGCCCCCCUGUCUGUCUUAAUCUUGAGGGUGAUGGAAAGAGGUAGGCUUAAC